AACUGCUCCAGUGUCUCUCUCUCUUUCACUCCUGCCCAAUCUUUUUCUCUCUCUCUCCCCCCACACCUAUACAAGUACAGGGAUAUUUGUCUUAUUAUUAGUGACCUAAAAUGAUGCUUUUGAACAAGAAGAUGCUGGGUACUUUGGGUGACUAGCACCAUCCCACUUUUUUAUUCCUUUAAAUUCCUGAGCUAUUGUUUACUAGUACAUUCUUUUAUUCCAAUUUCUACCGAAGCUGAAUGUUACUUGGGAAGAAAGCCUAAUUGCUUUCUUUUCUAGGUCCUUAAACCCUUUGCUAAUGUUUCUGUCUGAGAGUUCCCAAAGCCGGGGUUCUAGGAGAGUUUGGCAUGUCUGAACAGCUGAACUACGAGAUAAUGGAGUAGGUCCGGCCGGGCUUGCUGGCCUUUAGGUGCUGUGCUGUCCUGAAGCCUGGCCAUGCCAUGUACGAGGAAGACCCCUGAGGCUCACCUGGAGGAAGAAGGAAGAAGCAUGCAGGGCUUCCCCAGAGGAGGCAUGGGCCCCGGUCUGUCCCCUUUGGACCCACGGACACUCCUAGUCUGCAGCUUUAUCCUGGCAGCAGCUUUGGGCCAAAUGAAUUUCACAGGAGACCAGGUUCUUCGAGUCUUGGCUAAAAAUGAGAAGCAGCUUUCACUUCUCAGGGAUCUGGAGGGCCUGAAGCCCCAGAAGGUAGACUUCUGGCGUGGCCCAGCCAGGCCCAGCCUCCCUGUGGAUAUGAGGGUUCCUUUUUCUGAACUGAAAGACAUCAAAGCUUACCUGGAGUCUCAUGGCCUUGCUUACAGCAUCAUGAUAAAGGACAUCCAGGUGCUGCUGGAUGAGGAGAGAGAAGCCAUGGCGAAAUCCCGCCGGUUGGAGCGCAGCACCAGUAGCUUCAGUUACUCCUCUUACCAUACCCUGGAGGAGAUAUAUACCUGGAUUGACAACUUUGCAACUGAGCACUCAGAUAUUGCAUCAAAAAUUCGGAUUGGCUACAGCUUUGAAAAUCGGUCCAUUCUUGUCCUGAAGUUCAGCACCGGAGGUUCUCAGCGCCCAGCCAUCUGGAUCGACACUGGAAUCCACGCCCGGGAGUGGAUCACCCAUGCCACCGGCAUCUGGACUGCCAGGAAGAUUGUCAAUGAGUACGGCAAAGACCGCAUCGUGACAAAUGUACUGAAUGCCAUGGACAUCUUCAUGGAGAUUGUCUCCAACCCUGAUGGGUUUGCUUUUACCCACAGCAUGAACCGCUUAUGGCGGAAGAACAAGUCCAGCAGACCUGGAAUCUUCUGCAUUGGUGUGGAUCUUAACAGGAACUGGAAGUCAGGCUUUGGAGGAAAUGGUUCUAACAACAGCCCCUGCUCAGAGACUUAUCAUGGGCCCUCUCCUCAGUCAGAGCCAGAAGUGGCUGCCAUUGUGGACUUCAUCACAGCCCACGGGAACAUCAAGGCUCUGAUCUCCAUCCACAGCUACUCUCAGAUGCUCAUGUACCCUUAUGGCCACACUCUGGAGCCUGUUUCAGACCAGGAGGAGUUGUACAGUCUUGCGAAGAAUGCGGUGCAGGCCCUGUAUGAGGUCCAUGGAAUGGAGUACAUUUUUGGCAGCAUCAGCACCACCCUCUAUGUGGCCAGUGGGAUCACUGUCGACUGGGCCUACGACAGUGGCAUCAAGUACUCCUUCAGCUUUGAGCUCCGGGACACCGGGCGCUACGGUUUCCUGCUGCCAGCCGCACAGAUCGUCCCCACGGCCCAGGAGACGUGGCUGGCCAUUCAGACCAUCAUGGAGCACACACUGAAUCACCCCUACUGACAACACUGCAGAGGGGCAGAGCAGGAAGAUUUGUCCUCUUCCCCAAGGCUUGGGGCUCCUCCUGAGACCCAAGCAAUGUAUCCCCUCCCUACCCCACCCCCAGCUUCUUUGGAAAUAAACACAAGUUUGAACAGGCUUGGCAGCCACCAUCCUUUUGGGCUCAGCACCGGGGAGAGGACAGGGGCCUUGGAAAUGCCUCUUCACUCCCCAGCUGUCCAGGAGGAUGUGGGGCUAGCAGGCCUUCCCUUUUCUCCUCUUGCAAUGUUCUUGGGGCCCAGAACAGACACUUGGAGGUACUAAUACACAAUUUGUUCCCUUGGUGCUUAUAUUUUAAGAUGACCCUGGAAGGGUCAGUGUUUGAUCUGAAGGAGUGAAUCUCCAGUGAUUGGCUUUUCUGGCACCUUGAGCGAGAGGUGGGUACUGACAGGCAGCCGCCUCCUCUUCCUGCUUCAUUUCCUGUGCUGGAUAGGGAGUAGGUGCACAUUUCAGAGGCCCCCACUCAGAAGAUCCUUCUCACCCUGUUAAUAAAAGUGAACAAGUCA